GUUUGCAUUGUACCGGUGUGUCACGCCUACUGAGCCACGCAGCUGUGAUUUCUCCAGUUCAACCUGCUCAUCAAGCUGGUGUCAGGAUUCCAGAUUUCACUCUACUGAGUGAAGAUAAAAACACCAACAACAACAACGAUGGAAUACAAAGACCAGGUUGCUGAAAUCGAGGCGUCCGCCCGCUUCGGAGACCUGAUUGAGUUCGUGUAUCCGAUUGGCUACGCGCACUGGGGCGUGUACGACGGGGACGGAUACGUCAUUCACUUUGCAGUCGCAGAUGAGACGGAGCUGAUGAACAAGUUCCGCGGUUGCCUGCAGUCCAUGUUCCCCGUGUGUGGUGAUCUCCUGCUCGGAGAGACAAGGAUCCGCCGCCAACGUCUUGCAGAAGUCAAUGUCCCCAAAGGAGCUCAAGUAGUAGUGAACAAUACCCAGCACACAUUCACUCCCUCGGAGCCAGAGGAAAUGAAGCGACGGCGUGACGGCCUGCUGGACCAACAACUUCCUUACCGUCUGUUCACUCAGAACUGCGAACACUACGCCACAUUUGUACGCUAUGGAAAAGCUGUGUGUAACCAGAUUCCAGGAAAAGCCAAAAACAAGGAAUGUGAGGAGACAACUAAAGUGUUUGCAGACAUUGUGUGGAAAAUGACUUCCUAAUGUUUCACAGACAUGUUAAUAUCCUAACCAGAACAAUACAUAUUGUGUUAAUACAUAAGUGUUAAUUGUUUUGAUGGAUUUGUGCUGUUUUGUGCUCUAACACACUCACUGCACCUCCUCAGCUCAUUAACACAGUCCUGGCAGACCAUUGUUAGAAGAGUGGAGAAGGGAAAUUCCAUAUUAUUAAGCCUAAAUAUGUAUUAUUUCAGAUUAUGAUUUGGCUAAUGUUUAUUAAUGUUUGGUUAAUGUGCAGUUUAUUUAUGUGUGAGUAUUUCAAUAACUUAAUAAAAUCUCUUAAUUCACAGACAA